GUUAAACUGAAAAUCCAAGAUGAUGACAACAAGUCCAACAGAUCGGAGAGUAGGUUUAGUCCACAAUUUAUCCAUUUCUCUCCACUUUCUACCCUAAAUCCCACUCUCCAUCAAAGGGCCAAAACUAACCCACAGAGAACGAGAAAAAAAUCUCGUUCUGCGAAAAAUUGGGGCAAAAAAUCUGUGGGAAAAUGGAGAGGCUAAUCUAUUCCAAUACGAUCCCCUGUAAACCCCGCCCCAAUUCUCCAUUUCUCCCCCGGAUAACCCGGCCCGAUCCGCGCCCGAAACCGACUGCCAGGUGUACGGCGCCGUUUCCCUUCUGGGCCCGGCCCGGAUUGCACCGAUUCAUUUCGUUCUCCUGCGCUGUGGGCGAUACUUCUUUGCUGUCUGCAAAGGCUGUAGACGAUUGCCCGGGUGAAAGUUUACUUUUUUCUGCAGAUUCGGGUAAUGGGUCGGAUCCUAAGCCCCAUUUUCUCAAUCGGGUCGCUGAGAAGUUUUCUCAACAGCAAAAGGUUGUGAAUUUGGGGAUGACAGUACUCCUAUCAACCCUCUUCCUAACAUUCCUCCACCCGAUACUCGUCUGGCCCGCACGCGCAAGCCUUGCCGCCAAGCCCGCCUUGCGCAGCGAACUUCUGAGCAGCGCUUGGACGGGCUUCUUCGCGGGCUGCCUCCACACGCUAUCGGGCCCAGACCACCUAGCAGCCUUAGCCCCACUCUCCAUCGGCCGCACAAGAUUAGAAAGCGCAGCCGUAGGGGCCCUUUGGGGCUGCGGCCACGACGCUGGCCAAGUGCUUUUCGGGCUCGUUUUUCUCCUCCUCAAAGAUCGACUCCACAUAGAGAUAAUCCGCACGUGGGGCACUCGUGUAGUUGCCUUAACCCUCCUCGUAAUAGGUGCCAUGGGCAUCAAGGAGGCCUCUGAGUCAGCAGAGCCCAUUGAUCUGGGCCUGGGCCAAGGCCCGGGCCCAGAGCCCGGUAAGAAAAAGAUUGGGCUUGCGACAUUUGCGACUGGGAUUGUUCACGGGCUUCAGCCCGAUGCUCUUAUGAUGGUUCUUCCGGCACUUGCACUUCCGUCGAGGUUGGCCGGAGCAGCUUUUCUUGUUAUGUUUUUGGCCGGGACUGUGAUGGCUAUGGGAAGCUAUACUGUUUUCAUAGGGUCGUGUAGCCAAGCGCUUAAAGAUAGGGUGCCGAGGAUUACUGAGAAGCUCACUUGGGGUUCGUCGAUUGUGGCUAUUGCGUUAGGGUUUGCGCUUCUUGUUAGCCAGUAUUUCGGGUUUAGCUUGUAUUAGAUUUUGAAUUCUUUUGAACUUUUUUUGCGUGAUUUUGUCGUUUGGCGCUCCUUGUUAGAAUUUGUAUUGUGAUGUGCCGUUUUUAACGUUGACGUUAGAGACGAUGAUACGAACUACUUUCUGUUAACACAUUUUAUUGAGGUGAAUCGUUCGAAUUAGAAGUAUUCUAAAAGAAUAGGCGGUAUUCGAAGAGAGAGAUAGUAUGGUAGAAAGAUUCGGUAUAAUAAAGAUAAAAAUGGUUUUAGUUUCUACAAAUCAAAAUCUUUGCUUAUGUGACCUGUGAAUUUGGACUAAGGAAACUACAAUCCAAGCAUAGAGCAUGGUUCAAAGAACAGGUUCAGUUAUCAC